AUGAGGCGCCCCCUGAGCGCCGGCCCCGGCCGUGGCCCUGCCUGGGACGGACUGCUGCUCACAGGUGCGUGCGUGGGGGACAGCGGCGCCCCUCGGCUCAGGGACCGGGGAGGGCGCCCCUCGGAGAGUUUCCAUCCCAGUGAGAGACGCCCCACUCAGAGCUGCCACUCUGGGCAGUGCCCACCGGGCAUGGGCAUCUGUGCUAUGGACCCCUCUUACAAAGGGGGAAACGGCAGGCGCGGCGCCCCCUGCAUCAGAUCACAGGGCUGGCAAGGACGGAACUGGAGCCCAGGACCCCGCCCCAGCCCCUUCCACCAGCGCACCCCGUCUCACCCAGCUCUGCCCCUCUAA